AUGGUAUACGGUUUAGAGUUUAGAGAAAUUGCUCUUUUUUUUCAGGUAAUUUACUUGAAUGGCGCCUGCUUUUUUAUUUAUGUCGACAGUUUUUUCAAAUUUGAAAAUUCGAUUGCUUUGUACUGUAUGGGACUGUAUUGUGGUAGUUUUGGACUAUACCCCAAAACAUGCAUCAUUUCCAAGGUCUCAGCCUUCUCAAAAUUUAUACAGUUCCAUUAUUUUUAUUCGUCUUAUGUAACCAUUCCAUUGGGCCCAACCGACGUUAAAGCUGAGUAUAUGAGAGAGUCCAUUCAGCAGAUUUAUGGAGACGAUACAUUCAAACUUUCCUAUUAUACCGACUCUUCUAAAGACCUUAUCAUUAACUGGCAAGAUUUUGGUGGAGCUUUUACACUUUGUGGAAUUAUGCAAUUAUGCAUUUCUACAAUGAUGAUUUGUGGUUGGAAGACGUUUAAAAAAUUGAAAAGUGUCGGAGCAUCGAUGAGUCCGAAAACGAAAGAAUUGAAUAAUCAAUUGUUCAAAGCGCUGGUUUUUCAGACUCUCAUCCCGUUGUGCAUUAUGUUUGGUCCGGUUGGCGCUUUAUAUAUCCUGCCAAUGUUUUCUAUUAAUAUUGGAAAAUUGGCAAAUGCUCCAAGUUUGUAUGCUGGAUUUUAUCCGGCUCUUGAUGCGCUGGUUGCAAUUCUUAUGAUCAGAGAUUAUCGGGAUACUGUACUUUGCAAAAAAUCAAAAAUAAAAUCGCACGGUAGCGUUGUACCAGCCACACAUCAGUCGUCAAAUUUUGCACAGACUGAGUAA